AUGCGAAUACAUUCUGGAGAGAAACCACAUCAGUGUGACAUUUGUGAGAAAUCAUUUAUAAUUGGUUAUCUCCUGAAACUUCAUAAACGUAUACAUACCGGAGAGCGUCCUUAUACAUGUGAAGUUUGUAAGAAGUCAUUUAGGGAAGGAAAUGGUUUAAAAAGACACAUGGCCGUUCACUCGUAUGAAAAAGCAUUUCAGUGUGAACAGUGUUUAGCUAAAUUUUCAUAUAAGGAAUCCUUACGAAUUCACAUGAAAGGGCAUUCUGGUAUCAAGCCUUUCCAGUGCAAGGAGUGUGGUAAAGAUUUCCUUUUAAUGUCUUUGUUAAAAACUCAUAUGCGAAGAAGACAUACAGGAGAAAAAAGGCACACAUGUGGAGAUUGUGGGAAAAUGUUUUAUGAAGCAAGUGAUCUUGCAACUCAUAUCAAAGUACAUGCUGACCUUAGACCGUAUGUCUGUCAGAUAUGUAGAAUGUCCUUCAGAGAACCAGAAAAGUUAAAAGAACACAGAAGAUUAAAACAUGAGAAAGUACGAACUUUUCGUUGUCAGAUAUGUAAGAAAGACUUCACGACUUUGACUAGCCUUGAUUCGCACCGGCGCAUUCACUCUUCUCAAUAA